AUGCUCACUAAAACAUCUCCCGUCUAUUUCAUAACCGCGGCUUCCGGCACCAUUGGCCAACAACUUGUUCCUCUCCUCCUGUCUCAACCAUUUCGGCCUACGCUUGUACUACCUACUAGCGAUGCCUCUCGCCUGACAUCUCAACUCGGCACCAACACACAAAAUGAUCGCAUCAAGACCGUUCAGGGAGAUAUCAAAGAUCCUGUUUUUGUUGAGGCCGUAGCCAAAUCCUAUAAUGUUACAGCCGUUUUUAUCUGCAUUACAGGCGAAGAUGAGCUGUUCGUCACUUUGAAUAUUCUUGAUGCAUUAACGCGUGCUCAUACGGUUAAGCAUCUCGUCUAUCUGUCUGGUUGCGGAGACUAUGACCUCGGUUCAAUCCGGGCCGGUUUACUCCGGACUCUUAACGCAGGACACAUCGUGGUCAAGGCAAUCCUUGAGGCCAAAUUACGAUAUGGUUCAUCUCCGCGGAGUGAACUUGGUGGCUUUAGCUGGACAAUUCUUGGACCAACCCUGUUUUUCACCAAUGACCUGCACGCUAAGCAGAAUAUGCUCGAUAAUGCGUUUUUUGAUGAACCAUUAGGAAGCAGGGGUGUCAGUAGAGCUGAUCCGCAGGAUAUAGCAUUAGCUGUGUCUAACGCUUUAGAAGACGAUGGCCGCCGUUGGGGGGGCAAGAAGGUCAUGAUCGGCAGUUUGAAGAUGUAUACGAACAAUGAGGUGGCUAAAUUGUGGACAGACGCUCUAGGUUUUGAGGUCACAGCCGCGAGAAGCGAUGCUGAAGGACUGGAAGCCAGCGAACAACGGUCCAGAAAACAUAUAAGUGCUCAGUGGGCAAGGGAUAUUAGACUGAUGUAUGAAUGGUUUGAGGUGCAUGGGUUUGGAAUGACGGAAAAGGAAUACGAGGACCAGAUCUUACUCUUGGGUAAGGUCCCAGCAAGCUACGAGGAGUUUGUUAAAAAGACCGCAGAUGAAUGGAGAGUUAGGGAAUUGCCCAGAUAUUGA